AUGUAUGAGGGGCGGUGGUACUCGCCGGGCUCCGCUGUGCGCACUCGUGAGGCGUGCCUGCAGUGCGUAUGCGCACAGGGCGCGCUGUCAUGCCGCCGCCGAGCGUGCGCGCCACUGCCAGAGCCGCCCCCGCGUUGCCACAUCAUGCAACGGAAAGGAGAUUGCUGUCCGGAGUUAAGGUGUCCUGAUGACCUAAAGCAUCUGGAGCUUAUAGCAGCAGCUCGUCUUGAUGACUCUGACAUAGAUACUCCAUCAUCAAUAGGCCAUGCGUGUGUGGAGGGCGGGGUGGUGUAUGCAGCCGGCUCUGCUAUGACGGGAGGGGUGGCAUGUGAGCAAUGUUUCUGCCUGGGUGGCGUGAGACGGUGCGUGAGGCCCGCGUGCUUGCCACCCCCGCCCGGCUGCAAGGCCCGUGCUGCUGCAGGGGCCUGUUGCCCACAACGCUAUUACUGUGAGCAUACCUCAUCAGCAGACAUGCCUCUCGGUGGAAGGAAUUCUAAUGAUUGCAUUGCGCCUGAUGGUAAAUGGGCGUACGAAGGAGAACGCGUGCAGGUGGCGGAGGCGGCGGAAUGUAUGCAGUGUUUUUGCCUGCGUGGAGCUGUGCGCUGCCAGCGCCUAUCUUGCGCGCCGGCUCUGCGUGGUUGCCGCCCUCUGCUUCGUCAUGGCGAGUGCUGCCCACACCAGUACCAGUGCGAGCCCCGCAAUAAUGGUACGAGAGCACCGAACUUACAUCUUCAGCAUCAAAACACAUUAAUAGCCUUGGCUGAUGAGGACAGAUCUUUUCACACAUCAAAGUCAAAUAAAAGAGAAACGACAAUAAGGGAACCUACUACACACAAAAGCACGUCAGCUGUAACUGUAACGAAGGAACAACCUGUUACGACAGUGAAAGAAAAGAGAAAGACUGAUGAAACUAUCCCUGAUUCUAAUUUAAAAUCAGAGAAAAGCUAUACGGCUACACUAGAAACUAUACAAACCACAGUUUCUAAUGACAUAUCUACAACCAUGGUCACUGAAAGUACUAUAAAUGAUGAAAUCACAACUACUGAACAACCAGAGGGCUCAGUUAAAAUAAUAAUUAAUGGUACAAUCAAUUGUACAACAGAACUAUCCUCUACGUCCCUUAUGUUAAACGUAUCAGAUCCAGACAUAUGGAUCAAGAGUGAAGCACAACCUCGUAUACCUAUUAUUAAUAGCAUAGAAGUUGAGAGUGAAACUUAUUCUCCCAAUGAUAUAAUUACUGAAAGGAAUAGUGGAGAAUUUGAUGAAAAUGAAACGUUUACUAUAAAUGUGACGAGUUCUCUACGUUCAAAUACUACACAAUCUACAACACUAGCGACUUCAACACCUCCUCCUAAAACAGUGCCGCCAUUGUUACUCGGUUCCGUAAAUAUUUCAAAAGUAAAAAAAGAUGAAUAUGAUUAUGAUUACCCAGAACCUACUUUACCUCCAUCGUUACCGAAUUUGAAAAUCAUUCCCUUUGUCGCAGCUGAUGCAGUUGUAGACGAAGAUAUUUCUUCCAAAGAAAGCCAAGACUAUCCGCUGUUGGAAACUGAUGAGAAAUUUCCAAUUUAUUAUCCGAGUAAAGAUACGAAACAAUCAUUUGCAAUGCGCAAAGACGACGUAUAUAACCCAACACAAUAUCCUGUCUUUGUGUCAAAAAAAAUAGAGACUAUACAGUACCCAUCUCCUACUCAUGAAGAAGAUGAUGUAAAUAUAGCUUACGCUAGUAUAACUGAUGAUGCUCCGUCCAGACCAGUACAUGAAUAUACAGUGUCCACUUCUAUGGGAAAUUCUGCGAAAAUAAAUAACAAUAUAGAACGUAAGCCUACUGUGAGUACGAAAUUCGAAAUGGAUUCGCCAUCUGUUAAUUUGUUUUCUCCACCAAUAGAAACAGAAGGUGGUUUCAUACCUAAAGGUCCAGAAAUAAUCGACGAAUAUUACUCCGUAUACCAAAGUACUUCACAAACACCAAUUAUCCCUCAUCUGACAACAUCGAUGCAGCUGGAACCAAAAGAUGAAUGUACAACAAGUGACGGUCGACGCGUUCCUGAAGGCGAGUCUAUUAACGUGGCUUGCUCGAUAUGCUCUUGUGCAUGGGGCACUCUUCAUUGUGCACCCCGACCUUGCACCACACCGCCAGGUUGCGAGCGCCGCGCCGCUGUCGCGAGUACUGCUGAUUUGUGCUGUGGAGAACUUAUUUGUGAACGGAGAAAUAUAACAACACUUUCUCCAUUUAUCGCAACGCAACAUAUUGCAAUCAGUUUAAAUGAAUCAAAAGUACCUAUUGAAAAUGAUAAAGAAAUUAUUGCAUUCACACAACCAGAAAUAGAAACAACAACUGCCUCAGAUUUGAUAAAAAAUUAUACAACAACAGACGAAGAAAGUGUGAACCAGGAUAUAAUAAAAAAUUACGCAUCAACAAAUUUGACUCAAAUUACGUUUACGGAAAAACCUACACAAAUAACUACGAUAAAAGAUGAAGAAUUGAGUCACAAUGGUAACCACUCCGCAGAAUAUGAUGAAGAGGAAGAAGACGAAGGUUUUUCUUUCGGAAGCGUUUUGCAAUUAUUGCUCAGUGAAACUUACGAAACCACAACAGGUACACCAAAACGUAAAUCAACAACCACCACAGAAGCACCUAAAACUACUGUAACUAUCCCAUCAACUAAAAAGUUCUAUACAGCACCAGAUAACAUGUUCAUACCUGUCACACAUCGUUAUCCAAUACCACCUAAGAAAUUAUAUCCGCAAAAUACAGUCAAUAGGAUAGAUCAUUUGUUACUCGGAGAACCUACUGUAAUAAGAAAAACAACACCCAGAACAACAACAAUAUACAAGCCGGUGAUAACAACAAGAAAGACCUUUACUACAACUAAAACGACAUCUCGACCAAUUACUACAAAAAUAGUAGAAAUUACAAGUAAAGACGGUUUCCAGCAAACUGCAGAUUUAAGACCACCACAUAACUUCUUAACUAACCUCAGUCUUGGUCUGCCAAAGCUUGCUGGUUGUAACAUUUAUGGACGAAUGUACCGUGUAGGACGGAUCAUUGCAGAACUUUCAUCUCCUUGUCAAGAGUGUAAGUGUACUGAAGUCGGCGUUCAGUGUCGGUCGUUGAACUGC